UCGCCUUGGCCUUGGAUAUGAUUUCGGCUAUACCCCGCAUUGCGCUUGUUAUUGACAAACUUGAUAGGUCCACCAAGUCGUAGACUCGCAGGUAAGUUUUAGCUAGAGCAAGUAAGUAGCUAACUCUGGAUAGGGUAUUCUCGCUCUCAACCCAAUUUAGGAAUGUACAACCGCUUAUCUAUGGAAGGGGGAAAGGGUUCUUGAGUACAAUACAAUAUAAUAACUUAACGCGGUCCUGUGUCCCGGAUAUCAAUGGCUUUAAAUUCCCCCUCCACAAACCUGGUGCCCCAGCCUUUCUGCAUUUCUACAUUUCUUCCUUCUAUAUUCUUGUCCUUCAUAUUGCAUACACACAUUUUCACAUAACUGCUGCUUCUGCUGGCUUUUACUCAAAAUGGUCUAUUUACUUGAUUAUUUCCAGCAUCGAAGGGAUUGGUAAGUAUUCAUCCCACCGUCACCUGUCGUUUCUUGUCGUUAUCAAACAAUCUCGAGGGAACUCCACGCCGUCGGGGGUUAUCUUCAUCAAUGUCUAACACUACAUUAUAGUCAAUUCAAACAAGCGGAACGAGCCCAACACAUACAAAACCUUACCAGCUAUCACGGAGCAUUUACGGAUUCAGAAAGACAAGUGCUAUCAAAACCAAUUGAAGAACUCGUUCAAGAUGUUCACAAACAAGCUAUUCAACCAAUCGAUAUCCUACGCGCAUACGGAAAAGCUGCCCUUAAAGCUCAUGAGAAAACGAAUUGUGUGACGGAGGUUAUGAUUGAUGCUGCUGAAGGCUGGACAACUGAUGGAAGUAUCAAUAUGGAAGGUCCUCUGGCAGGUAUUCCCAUAAGUCUAAAAGAUUCAAUUGUAGUCGGUGGUUUCGAUACAAGUGUAGGAUACAGUGGGAACGUUGGCAACAAAAUAGAAAAGGAUGGCACCUUGGUGAGGAUACUAAAGGAUGCUGGAGCAAUUCCAUAUGUUAAGACGAAUCUUCCAAUUACAUUACUAAGUUUCGAAUCUACAAACGAUCUUUGGGGACGAACCACAAACCCUCAUAACAGCAAAUAUUCACCGGGUGGAUCUACCGGAGGUGAGGCUGCUUUGUUAGCUGCUGGCGGUGGACGGAUUGGAAUAGGCUCAGAUGUUGCUGGGUCGGUUAGAGUUCCAGCUCAUUUCUCAGGAAUUUAUAGCUUGAGAUGCUCAACUGGAAGAUGGCCUAAGAAUGGGGUGUGCACUAGUAUGCCAGGUCAAGAGGGUAUUCCUAGUGUGUUUAGUCCUAUGACAAGAACUUUGGGAGAUCUCUCAUAUUUCACAAAAUCUAUGAUUGGUAUGCAACCAUGGAGGUAUGAUUACAGUGUUCAUCCCAUUCCAUGGAGAGAGGAGGUAUGGAAGGAUUUCAGCGAAAAAAAGAAGUUUAGAGUCGGUGUGUUGAGAACCGAUGGAGUCGUUGAUCCAAGUCCCGCUUGUAUGAGAGCCAUGGAUGAGGUAGUAGCUACACUUGAAAAGGAUGGCCAUGAAGUUUAUGAUGUUAACCCACCAGCUCCAUAUGAAGCACUUUACAUUGGCUCACAACUUCUCAACUCGGACGGUUGCAGAACAUUUAAAUCAUUCUUCAGAACUGGAGAAUGGGAAGAUCCAGGAGCAAAGGCGAUGAGCUGGCUUAUGUCUUUACCAAGACCAUUCAAAUGGAUAUAUUGGGCUUGGGUUAAGUAUGUCAGAAGGGACGAUAUCUGGGCUGGUUUAAUCAAAGAAUGGCAUCAAAAAUCUGCUUACGAGCAAUGGAAAUUUGUCAGCAAGAGGGAAGCUUACAAAGCUAAGUUUCAUGCCUGGUGGGAAGAAGAAGUGAAACUUGACUUCAUGAUCACUCCACCAAAUGCAACACCAGCAGUACCUCACGACGGAAUGAGAGACGCAGUUAGCAGUUGUGGUUACACUUUCUUGUUCAAUCUUGUAAGUGCAUUACAUAUAUUUUCGAUCAAUCAGCUAACAUGAAAAAUAGCUCGACUACACAACAGGUAUUAUGCCCAUAACCCACGUCGACAAAGAACUCGAUCACCUCCCUUCAAAUUUCUCACUCAAAUCUUUAAAUGGAGUCGCAUAUGGUGCCUAUAAGCAUUAUGAUGCAACUGCUAUGCACGGACUUCCAGUCGGAAUUCAAGUAGUAGGUCAGCGAUUACAGGAGGAAAAGGUACUUGCUAUUAUGCAUAGAAUUGAAGAUUUAUUGGGCGAAAAUAAAUAUGAACUUCUGGAGAUCGAUUAGCAAGGAGGAUACAUUAUGAAUGGCGGUCAGCUUGUCUUUAAGAGCGAAAUCGGAGUCAGGUGACAUGCAUUACGCAUGGAUUUGAUUGAGUAUUUAGAUUCGGCCUCAUAUAGAAUGAAUUAUUAAGUACCUUCAAAAGUAUCAAUGCCAU